AUGACUCAUAAACAUAUAUUCGAGGCCGUGGAUAGGUCAUUUCAGGAUAUAAUGAAAUUAGAUAAACCGUUUGGUGGUAAAAUUAUUAUUUUUGGCGGAGAUUUUAGACAGAUUUUACCUGUUAUUAAACGUGGUGGAAGAUGCGACAUUAUUAACUCAACCUUAAAACGAUCCUAUUUAUGGUCGCAUAUAGUACCAUUAAGAUUGGGUAUUAAUAUGAGACUUCUACAAUUUCAGGAAGCAAAUGAUUAUCUUAUUAAUAAUAAAUACUCAAAAUUUAUUUUAAGAGUUGGUGAAGGCUAUGAAACAUUUGAUGGCUCCAGGGAUAAAAUAAAAAUUCCUGAAGAUUGCUGUAUAGCUUCCAAUGAUAUCGAGGAUCUUAUUGCUUUUGUUUACGAUAUAGACAAAGACAAUACUGCUGAUGAAACGAUAACCAAGGAUGAAGCGACGUUUUAUCCCACUGAAUUUUUGAACUCUCUAAGUAUAUCAGGAUUACCACCUCACAAACUUUUACUCAAAGUCGGGGUACCUAUAAUAUUAAUGCGUAACUUAAAUUCUGCUUCUGGUUUGAACAAUGGGACUAAUUUGAUUAUAACUUCUUUGCUACCAAAUGUAAUUGAGGCGGAAUUUGUUUCUGGUAGUUUUCUCAGUACUAAAGUUCUCAUUCCUAGAAUAAGUUUAAUUCCUACAGAUUCUGGCUUGCCAUUUUCCUUAAAGCGCCGCCAAUUUCCCGUGAGACUUGCUUUUGUCAUGACACUUAAUAAAGCUCAGGGACAAACGUUGAACAAAGUUGGCAUCUAUUUACCUCAUCCUGUUUUUUCACAUGGACAGCUAUAUGUGGCUAUGUCUCGAGUUUGUUCUCCUCAUAAAUUAAAGAUUAUAACCAAUGAUAAAACAAGAACUACAACCAAUGUGGUAUAUCAUGAGGUUAUAUCCGAUUAA